AUGUUGCUCGAAGCUGCGAUCGUGGCCUUUGGAAAGGAUGCCGAGACCUUGGAAGCCGGGAACUUGGAGGAGGUCUCCGACUGCCUGGGUGAAUUUCAUCGAGCACUCAAGGACAUCUAUGAUUACUGUGCAGAUCUACCCGCCUCAGAGGAGUUGGGCAUCCUCGCGCGCGUGGUGGCCGCCUUCCAACUCGAGGACCCUCGGCAGUUUGCCUCGGAGUUCGAGCGUAGCCUCAAAACCUUCACUCGCCUACAGCCCUUGGAGUUCAAGGCGCAGCUUCAGGUGUGCAAGAGCUUCAAGAUUGGCAGACGACAGAAGCAUUUGCCAAGGUCUUGCAAGUGGCACAGUGGGGAUUGGAGAACAGCCCCACUGAGACGCAGCAGAUGGAGGUCUGGCGCCAGUGUGCCAUGA